GACAGCAGAUCUAUGGAAUAAUAAGACACCGAAAUGAAAUCAGUGUCAGUCCUUCUCCUCCUUUACCGAUCUAUCCCCCGAUCCGAUCACUGGAGGUGAUGGUGGAAAUAAUCGGACAGGUCAGUGGAAAUGUGACCCAGCGGGGCUUCCCUGGAAUUUGUCACAUCCGUGUCACCCGGCCCGGGGCGGGGGGUGGUGCGGCCCCGGGCCAUGCGGUGUGAUCUGGGUGACACCCACAUGUGUGCCCGGAAGUGAGGAUGAGCGGAGAGAGGAGAGUCUGAUCAGAUCACAUCGGGAGAGCCGGGAGCAGGAUGGGGAACCUGAGCUGUGUGCCGCAAUCCCACCGACACCUCCGAUACUCCUUCUCCAGGAAGAACUCCCUGCCGGGGAAAGAGCAAGACGGCAGAACUAAGUGGACCUAUUUGUUUGGGAAUGAAAGUGCGGCUGGAAGAGGAACUCACUCGGACAACAUUCUCCACUACAUCCCCGGGAAGGACCUUAAUUAUGAUGUACAAAAGGAUAAUGUGGACCAAAGAUUCCUUAGCAUCUUCCGUAAGGGCAAGAAGAAGACAAUCGUUCGGAAUAUGGGGCAAAUGAUUCACUAUUCCAAGGUCAAGUUCCGCUUCCAGCAUAUUCAGGAUAUCAGUGACUGUUAUUUGGAAUUGUUUGAGUCCCAACUGUACUUCCAGUCUCGUGGUCCCACCGGUUUGACAUAUCAGGGGCUGGUGCCACUGAAGGAGCUGAGUGUUUAUAAAUUAGAGCGAUCUAAGGUUCCACCCAAGCCGGACGAAGAGCAUGCUUUCCGAAUCACAGGUCCCUUGCUCAAUCCUCUAAUUGUCUAUUGUGCAAGCCAACAAGAGCUGCAGAAAUGGCUCUACCACUUAGAAAAACAGAUCCAACUCAAUGGAGGAAACCUUGACUCGUUGCCUGUUACAGAGCAGGUAAACAAUGGUAAUGUGUGGGAGAAGUCUGAGCUCAGGAGGUCUGUACAGAACCAGCCAGUGCUUGACUGGGAAGGAACACGAAGGGAAUCACUUGGUCCCAUCACCUGUAUCUCCAAAGUGAAGCUUCAGACGCUUCCGUUCAAGGAGCUGAACGAGAGGCUGCUGGUCCUUUACCCUUCCACUCUUGUGAUACUUUCAGAAGAGGGAAAAAACCUUUGCUUUAGGGGAGAACUGCCGCUUAAAGCAAUACGGGUAAUUGCAGACGAGAAUGAAAAACGGAAGUCGUCUUUCUUAUUAGAAGGAAGGUACAUCAACACGAUCCGGGUGAUCUGCUUCAAUCCGCAGGAUUAUGAUGAAUGGAUAGAACAUUUGAAACGCGCUCAGCAACAAAACCGAGACUCCUCGUUAUCUGGCUCCAGCAGUUUCUGCGGCUCACACUCUGCACAUCAUGAACAGGUGACUGCAAGCUGCAGGAGCUCAUUCACAUCAGACGGUCGUACCAAAUCCUGGGCGUCUUCAGUGAAGCUGCCCAACUCUAACCACCAAUCAAACAACACUAUUCAAGUCUCUGACCAGCCGUCAUACACAAUACUGGGCGAACAAACCUUGCAGGAGGAUCCUCUGUCACCUGGAUAUUCACAACCCGUUCACUGUUUGGCGAAUUCUAAUUGGCCAUGUGGACAAAAUGGAUCGAGUGAUCUUCAGAGAGGUGGCAGCAUCCGCGAGUCUAAAGGAAAAAAGAACCUUUGCAUUCAGAUUCCGUCCGUAAUGCCUCAGACUUAUGAUGUGGAAAACGCGCCCUUUAUGAAUAUCCCAGAGACACCUAGUGAAGAUAUCCUGUCCCCCUUAUAUAAAGAGCCAUAUUCAUAUGAAAAAUCCAAAGGGCACUCCUCUGUUACACCACAGCAGCUGUUAAGCAGAAUGACCUGUCUGACAGAUAACCAGAAGACUACCUCACCACCUGAUUCCCAGGAUGUGUCAAUGUCUCCAUUGUAUGCUGAACCAUAUACACCAACUGGAAUACCAAGUAACAGGCUGGUGGAUGAGAUUUUACAAAAUCUGACUUCAAACCGCACUGAGAGCCAAGUCUCCGACCUGAAGAUAAACAGAUCAUUCCAUGGGAAAAUCAGCCCACACCCAGCCCUGCAGAAGAAGUAUUCCCAUCCAGUGACCGGGAGCCAAAAGCUUGUGAGGCCCAUGGUGCAUCGAAACAGUGAGCCAGACACAUCCAUCGACUCAAGGCUCAUACCCACAAAACAGAGCCAGACCCCCUUCUUCAAAAGUAUAUCCUCAGUCAAAGAAGAAAUUUCUUUCUCUCACCACAACAAAGAAGUUGAAGAUAUGUUUGACCUGCCCUCCUCUGAAAGUCUGAAGCCGGACAGUUUGGAGCACGACCACGACUAUGCAGAGUUGCAAAGCUUUCAGAGUGACCUCAGCUAUGACAACAUUUGGGACUAUGAAGCCAAGGACAAAGAUCUUAAUUGGUUUUCUCCACCUCCUUACCCAGGACAUGCUUACCUCGGUUUCCAGCAUGGAAAGGCUGUAGCUAGCCGUUGGUUGUAAAGAAGAUAUUUGGAGAUACUGCCAUGAACAAAGGGUUGAUUUGUAUCCCAUACCAUUGUGAAGGACCUGUUGCUGCUUUUUGUUACACUGGGGGGCAUGGGUGCCCAGCAGGAAUAUCGCUGGUAGCUGCCAAUUUUGGGUCUUUUAUACCCAUAAAUGAUCCUUUUUGUUGUCUCUGCUGAUUGCAGAGAUAUUGUGUUAGAUCAGGGACUGCUGGAAAAGCUGUCCCUCACGUUCCACUGUUAAUUUUGCCUUUAUAACUUGUUCUUGUUUAAACAAACACUAUAGGGAGUUUUUGCACAUAAAAAA